CAUCUCCUUACCGUCAGGACAUACACUGUUUUUCAGCGUCCAUUACCGCCUGACGUCCACGAUGUCUGACGCCGACUUCGAAAAGGUGCGCCAAGCGCAAGCUGAGCGAAACGCCACAGGCAAAAAGGGCUUCGGCGUUGGAGUGAACGGUCAACGCAGCAACAACACCAAGGCAUCCCUCACUGAGAACUUCGACAAGGAUCUCUACGGCGAUAAUGCAGCCGACAAGUUUGCCGGUUACAAUACUUCCAUCGCAGCCGACGACGGCGAUGAGGUGAUGGAGGACGGCGACGGCGAGGAUGGCAACGAUGGCAGACUUAUUGGUCAGUACACAGCUACGGCCGCUCAGAUGAACGAGUGGGCAACGGGGGAAACGGAGGAAGGCGACAUCCUGCAAAGCCGGGAGAAGCAGGCGCAGAUUGCGAGUCGCGAGACGGACUAUCAGAAGCAGCGCUUUAGGCGCGAGCUGGAUGAUGGCGAGGGUAAGACGUAUCGCGAAACGAUGGCAGAGCGGGAGUUACAGAGAGAAGAGGAGAGAGUGCGAAGGCUGAUCGAGCAGAGGGAUAAGGAGAAGAUUGCGCAUGGAGACGAUGAGGAGAUGGACGGGCUGGAGGAGCACAAGCCCAUGCUUAAGGAUGGCAGUGCAGAGCAGGACGGUAAGAUCAAUGGCGGUACGAACGGGCAUGUGGCUGCCAAACCUACCAGGGCGAGGAAGAGGAGAUGGGACGUUGAUGCUGCCACGGAGGAAGCGCAUGCUACUAACGGCGAAGCCACAACGAAUGGGCAUGCCACCAACGGAGAGGUGAAGGCGGCUAAGCGAUCAAGAUGGGACACCACAAGCGCUCCUGAUGGCGUAAAUGGCGCAGUUACGCCUGCAGCCGCCAAGAAGCGCUCAAAGUGGGACAUAGCUGGCGCUGCCGGUGGCGCUACACCUGCGCCCGCUACCCAGCCUGCGUCAGGUUUUGGCACGGAUAUCUCAAGCCGCAACGCACCGCUCUCGGACGAGGAGCUGGACGAGAUGCUACCCUCAGAAGGCUAUCAAAUCCUCGAGCCGCCACCUGGGUACGAGCCUCUUCGUGCUCCAGCCCGCCGUAUCGCGCCCGCAGCUACUCCCGUCAAUACCGGCGGCUUCAUGAUGCAAGAACCCGUCGACGCUCGCUCGAUGGGCAAGCAGCUACCCUCUGACAUCCCGGGUGUUGGCGACCUGCAGUUCUUCAAGGCCGAAGACAUGGCCUACUUCGGCAAGCUUGUCGACGGCGCAGAUGAAAAUGAGCUUAGCGUAGAAGAGCUAAAGCAGCGCAAAAUCAUGCGUCUCCUGCUUAAGGUCAAGAACGGCACACCACCGAUGAGGAAGACGGCCCUACGACAGCUUACCGACAAUGCACGCCAUUUCGGUGCUGGUCCGCUGUUCGAUCAGAUCCUGCCGUUACUCAUGGAGAAGUCGCUUGAGGACCAAGAGCGCCACCUACUCGUCAAGGUCAUUGAUCGUGUGCUGUACAAGCUCGAUGACCUAGUCCGGCCGUAUGUGCACAAGAUCCUGGUGGUCAUUGAACCACUGCUCAUUGAUCAAGACUACUACGCUCGCGUUGAGGGUCGCGAGAUUAUAUCAAAUCUGUCAAAGGCGGCCGGCUUGGCGCACAUGAUCAGCACGAUGAGACCCGACAUCGAUCACGUCGACGAGUACGUGCGUAAUACCACCGCCCGUGCUUUCGCUGUUGUGGCGAGCGCUCUGGGUAUCCCAACACUGCUGCCCUUUCUCAAGGCCGUCUGCAAGAGCAAGAAAUCAUGGCAAGCCCGCCACACCGGCGUCAAGAUCGUGCAGCAGAUCCCCAUCCUCAUGGGCUGUGCCGUUCUACCCCAUCUCAAGGGGCUUGUGGACUGUAUCGGCGAGAACCUGAAUGACGAACAGGCUAAAGUGCGCACUGUUACUUCUCUUGCUCUGGCUGCGCUCGCCGAAGCUUCGAACCCUUUCGGUAUUGAGUCAUUCGACGAUAUCCUCAACCCUUUGUGGACCGGUGCUCGUAAGCAGCGUGGCAAAGGUCUCGCUGGCUUUCUCAAGGCUGUCGGCUAUAUCAUCCCGCUUAUGGACGAGGAGUACUCGAACUACUACACCGGUCAAAUCAUGGAGAUUCUGCUUCGUGAGUUCCAGUCACCAGACGAAGAAAUGAAGAAGGUCGUGCUCAAGGUCAUCUCCCAAUGCGCGGGUACGAGCGGCGUGACUGCGCAGUACCUGAAGGACAAGGUCCUCAACGACUUCUUCAAGAGCUUCUGGGUCCGCCGGAUGGCGCUUGACAAGCGAAACUACAAGCAGGUCGUUGAGACUACUGUUGACCUCGGCAAUAAGGUCGGUGUAGGCGAGAUAGUGGAGAGAGUUGUCGGUAAUCUGAAGGAUGAAAGCGAGGCUUACCGAAAGAUGACCGUGGAGACCAUCGAGAAGGUUAUCUCGGCUAUGGGCGCAGCAGACAUCAAUGAGCGGCUCGAGGAGCGGCUCGUCGAUGGCAUCCUUCAUGCAUUCCAGGAGCAGAGCGUCGAAGACAUCGUGCUGCUCAAUGGGUUCGGUACCGUGGUCAACGCACUCGGAACGCGCUGUAAGCCGUACCUGCCGCAGAUUGUGAGUACGAUCUUGUGGCGUCUGAACAAUAAGAGCGCGACUGUUCGACAGCAAGCCGCAGACCUCGUCACACGGAUUGCGAUUGUGAUGAAGCAGUGCGGCGAAGAUGGAUUGAUGGGCAAGCUUGGCACCGUACUCUACGAAUAUCUUGGUGAAGAGUACCCGGAGGUGCUCGGCUCGAUUCUUGGUGCCAUGCGUUCUAUCGUCACCGUGGUGGGCAUAAACAGCAUGCAACCUCCCAUCAAGGACCUGCUACCUCGCCUUACACCCAUUUUGCGCAACAGACACGAAAAAGUGCAGGAGAACACGAUCGAUCUGGUGGGACGCAUUGCUGACCGUGGGCCGGAGAGCGUCAAUGCCCGCGAAUGGAUGCGUAUUUGCUUCGAGCUGUUGGACAUGCUGAAGGCCCACAAGAAAGGCAUCCGGCGUGCAGCCAACAACACCUUUGGCUUCAUUGCCAAAGCCAUUGGACCUCAGGACGUGCUUGCGACGCUGCUCAACAACCUCCGCGUGCAAGAGCGCCAGUCGCGUGUCUGUACCGCUGUCGCCAUCGGCAUCGUAGCCGAGACCUGCGCGCCUUUCACUGUCCUGCCGGCGUUGAUGAACGAAUACCGUGUACCGGAGCUCAACGUACAGAACGGCGUGCUGAAGUCCCUUUCCUUCCUCUUCGAGUAUAUCGGCGAAAUGGCCAAAGACUAUGUCUACGCGGUCACGCCAUUGCUCGAAGAUGCCCUCAUCGACCGUGACCAAGUCCACCGUCAAACUGCCGCCAGCGUCGUAAAACACAUAGCUCUUGGCGUCGUUGGGCUGGGCUGCGAAGACGCUAUGCUACACUUGCUAAAUCUGCUGUACCCGAACCUGUUCGAGACGUCUCCACAUGUUAUCGAUCGGGUUAUUGAGGCUAUUGAUGCGGUCAGGUUGGCUGUCGGCACAGGCGCGGUCAUGAACUAUGUCUGGGCGGGUUUGUUUCACCCAGCAAGGAAGGUCAGGACGCCAUACUGGAGGUUGUACAAUGACGCGUACGUGCAGAGUGCGGACGCAAUGGUGCCUUACUAUCCGCCACUCGAGGAUGAUAAGCUCAAGAGGGUGGAGUUGAUGGUGGUGAUCUGAUCGACGUGAUCAGUGGCACAGCCAUCCGGCAUUGGAUCACGAUACCUACAUCCAGUCAAGCACAAGUCAGCUGCGUAGCUCUAGGAGCAACCAGCGAAAUAGAGUCUCGCUGUGAAUGAUUUACAGCC